UCCACUCCGACAUCUAAAGACUAGAGCUGACUUUCAGUGCCUGCAGUGCCCGGCUGGUGUGUACAUGUGGAGCGGACACGGACUAUUAAUGCUGCCAGCCAUCACUCCCCUCCGCCUGGCACCUUGGCAUCUCUUCUCUAUGGAAUAAGGAUCGUUGUUCUCCGGGGAGGGAGGAGGACCCUGCUGUCACAUUCCCUGUCUACACCGAGCUGACAGCUGCUAUAUACAUGAACCAUACAUUCUGCCCCGGACUACAGGAUGAAUCUGGGGGGUCUGCUAAUGUAUGUGGGGCUCCUCUAUGCGGUUCGUGCUGAGGGGGACCCUAUUCCAGAAGAGAUGUACGAGAAAAUUGCAGCAGGAUCUGUCAAAUCUAUAAACGAUAUACGAAGACUACUGCAAAUAGAUUCCGUAGAUGACGAGGACGAUGUGUAUGAAUUAACCAGAAAUGAAACAAGAAGUUUGCCUAGGGGCAGUUCCAGCCACUCCCGGGUCAUUCGCAGCUUAGAUGCGCAGCAGGCCCAGAUUGCAGAGUGCAAACCCAGAACAGAAGUGUUUGAAAUCACCCGCCAGAUGGUCGAUCCAACCAAUGCCAACUUCAUUGUGCAGCCACCGUGUGUGGAGGUUGAGAGGUGCUCAGGGUGUUGUAACUCCAGACACAUAAAAUGUGUUCCUUCCCGGAUGCGCAUCCGGCAUGUGCAGGUGAAGAAAAUUGUGAUCAGGAAAUCCAAGAAGGAGGUUCAACUUGUCCCCAUUCCUCUGGAGGACCAUUUGGAGUGCAGGUGUGAGGCAAUCAGUCCCUUAUCCGUCAGGAGUCACCACACUUCUCAUGAGCACAGGGGGGCUGCAGGUGUAUCUGUAACUACAACGCCUCCCCCCACUACCAUUCGAAAGGAAGAGCCCCCACUUCGACCGUCAAAGAAGAAAAAUAAAAAAUAUAAAUAUCUUCCCAGCAAGAAGGAGCAGAGAGACCUCCUAGUCACGUAGUGACCGUGAAAAUGGUUCUUGGUGUCUGUCACUGAACAGGAUAACUAAAGAAUACAUUUGGCCCCCAUGGGGUCCUCCGGCUCACCUAUGACUGCAUAUUUUUAUAUGCCGGACUUGGCACUGGUGCUUUGUAAAAGACAAUUUUCAAAUAAAAAAGAGACUAUAUUUUAUCUCUACCUGCUACCCCAGACUGGAUAUUUCACCUAACAAGAGAUUCACCGAAGUACAUUUCAUUAUUUGCAGCAAGAUUAAAACCACUAACUGCCAGUUUCCCCGCCAAUUUAAGUGGCUGAAUGUUUUUUGGGGUGGUGGGAGGGAUAGGAAAGCUCAAAAUUAUUUUGAACUCACCGGAUGUAUAUAGACACCUUAUUUAAUGUACUUUAUUUUGUAUUUUUUUAUAUAAAUAUAUGCAUAUUUUUGUAAAAAUGUGUUUCCUUUGCUCAGAUUGCACGAGGCAGGACAGAGACUGGAAAAUGGGAUUGGGACUGACUUCCUUGUAACUCCCCCCCCCCCCCCCCCCAGCCUUGUAUUUUUACCAGGUCAUAUACACUGAAAGGUCAUAAGCUGUACGUGCUAUGCGUGUUACUGUUCUAAGCUAAUGGGCCAUAUCAGGGAAAGCAAACAGUGGAUAACAAUUGCCGUGACUGUAACUUCAGGCCUACUAGUAGUUGUAGUUCAACCAAACAGCAGAUACAACUGUGCAAUGUUGAUGCUGUUGUAUAAUACAAGAAGUGGCUAUUGAAUGUAUCCCUACAAACUGACUUAAUGCUUUUUCUUACUGUUAUCAAAUCUUUCCCAUUGAUCUGUGCCACUUGUACGAUUUCUUGACACUCUUGGGUGGUUCAUUGAUGCAUUUAAGUUUACUCCAGCCAUGUAAACCUGUACUUCUCUCUACUCUUUUCAGGAUAACAAGAAAAGGUUUUUUGCACCCCAGGAAACUAUGCCCAGGGCCUAAUAUGAUGAUGUAUUACAGCCCUCAAAAUUUCCACUCGCCUGCUUGCAUUAGGUGAGGGGAAAUGACCUGAGGGCAAGUGUAGAGCCACAUCAGAGGAAGGAUGGAAGGGGGGUGCCACCGGCAGGUGGGAUGGAAUGGGAGCCGAUUCUCCUCCCAGCCUCCAUCCCCUGUAAUUUUCUUAGCAGAGCCUGGCAUACAGGGAGAGUUGGCAAAGAACUAGAUGAGGUGGGAGUGGGGCAGGGAGGGGCUUUGGGCAGGUGCUGCCAAAGUUUACUUUUCCUAUUAACAAGCUGGUGAUUGGUUGCUCAGACCGCCUACUAACCAAUCACCAGCUUGUUAAAAGGAAAAGAUAACUUUGGUAGCUCCCCUGUCAAGUGCUGUGCUCCGCUGUAAGUCUCCCUGCAUCCUAAAUCAGUGAAAGUGUCAUUCAUUGGUUUUAUUUUUUUUAAUGCUUUAUUAUAGCAUUAAAAUAUUUACUUAACAAGGCAGGAAUUAUGUGUACAGUGGCCAAUCAUAUUUUAUCUUUAUUUUAUUUAUCACAGUGAGAUCAAUGAAAUAUGCUUUAUGAUACUAUUGUUAAAGGUGAUGUUGUUUAUAUUUAUUUUUGUAACUUAAUUCUGCAUAAAACAUUUCAUGAGAUGAUUUACGAGGGCGCGUUGUGUAGCGGGGGCGUGUCAGGACAAGUCAUAUCAUUGGGGGAGAGCACACUGAGUUCCCAGUAAAGCUAGGGAAAUGACCAUAGUGUACUCUCCUGCUUAUUGUGGUCAGUUUUCGUAGGAAAGCAAGGGGACUAUCAGGAAAACCAGAGAUUUCACAUAAAGGAAGCAAGCCAAAGAGAACAGGAGACUUUCUCAUACAAGUACAAGGCACAUAUCAGGAAUAUAAAGUGUUGGGUAACAAAUGCUUUAAGCCUGGCUCGUAGCUCAGGACUUGAAAUUUUGAGCCCUGGUGUAUGACAUAAUUUGGACUUUCUCCACUCCACUUCACGUGGAUUUAGCAGCCAGUAGGGGAUCACAAGAACUCUUGACAUUAUCUAUCACUAGCAGUUGCUGAGCUUUUCUAAGUAUCAGCUGGUAGUAUCAAAGCUUCAACUUUUAGAAGAACCAUUUCUCCUUCAUAAUAGUACAGUUAGAAAGUGGAGGUGUUUUCAAAACUCACUAUGGCACCAGAAUACAUGGGCCCCCGUCUUUAGAGCAUAUGUCAAGUCUGGGCUUGUCGGGUUUGCACAUCUGGAGUACAACUUAAACCCCUUUGUAAAAACCACCUCUUAAUUUUCAAUUCCUUUCUCUUUGCACACAGCUCUGCCUGUCAUUAAAAAGAACUAAAAUAUUGAUCUAUUAUGUAAAGUAAUUUAUAUGCAAUAUUUAAAUGUAUGAAGAAGAGCCCAACAAAAAUUCUCAAUUUGUAUUAAAAUGCAAUCAAAUCUA